AUGAUUUUCCGUGUUUUGUGGUUGUUUUCCUUUCUGGAGGUUGUUUUGGUUCUUUCUGUGGUUCUUUUUGUUUCUUUCUGUGGUUCUUUUUGUUUCUUUCUGUGGUUCUUUUUGUUUCUUUCUGUGGUUGUUUUGGUUCUUUCUGUGGUUGUUUUGGUUCUUUCUGUGGUUGUUUUGGUUCUUUCUGUGGUUGUUUUGUUUCUUUCUGUGGUUCUUUUUGUUUCUUUCUGUGGUUCUUUUUGGUUCUUUCUGUGGUUGUUUUGGUUCUUUCUGUGGUUGUUUUGGUUCUUUCUGUGGUUGUUUUGUUUCUUUCUGUGGUUGUUUUGUUUCUUUCUGUGGUUGUUUUGGUUCUUUCUGUGGUUCUUUUUGGUUCUUUCUGUGGUUGUUUUGUUUCUUUCUGUGGUUGUUUUGUUUCUUUCUGUGGUUCUUUUGGUUCUUUCUGUGGUUGUUUUGGUUCUUUCUGUGGUUGUUUUGGUUCUUUCUGUGGUUGUUUUGUUUCUUUCUGUGGUUGUUUUGGUUCUUUCUGUGGUUGUUUUGUUUCUUUCUGUGGUUGUUUUGUUUCUUUCUGUGGUUGUUUUGGUUCUUUCUGUGGUUGUUUUGUUUCUUUCUGUGGUUCUUUUGGUUCUUUCUGUGGUUGUUUUGGUUCUUUCUGUGGUUGUUUUCCUUUCUGGAGGUUGUUUUCGUUCUUUCUGUGGUUCUUUUUGUUUCUUUCUGUGGUUGUUUUGGUUCUUUCUGUGGUUCUUUUUGGUUCUUUCUGUGGUUCUUUUUGUUUCUUUCUGUGGUUGUUUUGGUUCUUUCUGUGGUUGUUUUGGUUCUUUCUGUGGUUGUUUUGGUUCUUUCUGUGGUUGUUUUGGUACUGUUUGGGUUUUUUGUGCUUUCUGUGUUUUUUUGUUCUUUCUGUGGUGGUUUGUGUUUGUUUUUGUGCCAGUUUUGCACCUUUUGUCGUGA